GCUCAAGCGGGGGCGGCGCCGAGGGUUGGGCGCGGCGGCGCCGAAAGCGGCGCUGCCGCCAGCCGGGGCGGCGGCCCAGCCCUGCAAAUGGAGGGCGACGCGGCCCCCAGCGGCGGCGGUGGCGGGGAUCUCGGCGCGGGCCUCAGCGGUGGCGGGGACACCGCCGCGACCCCACGGGCUGGGGAUCACGAGGGCGGUGCGGCCCGUGGCGGCUGCGGGGACAUCAGCGCGGCCCCGUGGGCGGAGUGCCCCGAGGGUGGCGCGUCCUCCGGCCAGAUCGACGGCGACGGCGGAGGCGCCCGCUGCGGGACCUCGCAGCCAGCUUCAGCGGCAGGGCCCGCCCCCAGCGGCGCCUCCGCCGCUGCGGCGCCCUCGGCGGCCAUCGGCGAGGCCAUGCAGAAGGUCGUGCAGCUCACCAAGGCAGCUGUGUUCCUCCACACCAGGAGCGACGGCCACGAGGCUCGGUGCGCCUCCCUGCGCGAGGCGCACGAGGAGGAGCUGAAGCGGGUGGAGCUCGUGGCUGCGGCGCACGUCGGCGCGCAAGAGGCCCAGGCGGCUGCCGCCGCCUCCUGGCGCGAGGCGCGGAGGUCGGGCCUCGGGCGGGCGCACGCGGCGGCGGAGGAGCGGGCCAGGCGCGAGGUGCAGGGCCUGCGUGCCAGGGGCGAGGCGCUGGAGCAGGCAGAGCGCGCGAGGCUCGCCCGGGAGGACGAGGCCCACGCGGCCGCCGCGGCCGACGCGCGGCGGCAGGCCGAGCGCCUGCUGCACGCGCUGGGCGCCGCGGAGGUGUCCGCCCGCAGCGACCGCCAGUGGGUCGCGAGGCAGAUCGCCGGCCAGGCCGCCCGGACGCGGAGGGCGAUGGACCGGGAGUUCGAGGAGGCCUGCGCGCGCCUCAGGAGCGAGCACACGGCGGAGGCGGAGGCCCUGCGGGCGGCCCGCGACGAGGCCGUGUGCGAGCAGAGGGCGCUGCUGGAGGCAGCGCGCGCCGAGGCGGGCGCGCAGGCGGGGGAGCAGCUGGCCGCCGCCGUGGCGCUGCAGGAGGCCGAGCUGCAGCAGGAGCGCUGCGGCCUGGAGGCCCGCGCCGAGGCGGCGGGGCAGGCGCUGGCCCUCGCCCGCGCGGAGGCGGGCGCCGCCAGGGCGGAGUGCGCGGAGUGCCAGCGGGCCCUCGACGGGAUGUCGCGGGAGCUGCAGGAGCGGCGGCGGAGGGGCCACGCGCUCGCCGCGGAGGCCGACCAGGCCCACCACCGCAAGCUGAAGGCCGAGGCCCAGAUCCGGGAGCUCCGGCGCCAGAGGGCCGCCGUGGAGCGCGUGAUCGGCUCGGCGGGCAGCGUGCCGCGCACGGAGCGGGCGGUCGCCAGCAUCUCGGAGGACGUGAAGGCGGCGCAGAGCAACCUGGAGGAGCUCCGCGGCAAGCUUGCUCGCGCCGAGCGCCUGAAGCAGGAGAGGCGGACCGCCGCGUCCUCCUGCGAGGCGCUUGCCGAGCGGCUGGAGCGCGAGCUGCGGGAGGAACGGGGCCGCUCGGACGAGCUGCAGAGGAUGCUUCUGAGACUGGAGCACAACUCGUGACCUGGAGCGAAAAGCGCGGCGGCGCGCACGAUCUUGAGAUCUCGGCGUGCUCUUCUUUUCGCACGGGGCGCCUUCGCUCCGUUUCGGGCCCCAGGGCCGUCACGGGUCGAUCCGGCUCGAAAAAUGCAG